AUGGCGAACAAGAGCGAAAACUCUCGCUGGGGGCUGCACCAGGAGCGGGGGGACAAGAGUAAAAACCCCGAGGACCAGCGUCAUGAUGCUGCGAUUGAAAAGAGGAGACGGCGGAGAAAAGAGGCCAGGAACAUGUCGGCAGAGUCAGCAGAGGAGACGAGAAUGUGGGAAAAGGGGAACAUUGUCCCACCAGUGGCAGGCGCACAAAAUGACGACUAUCCGGCGGCGCUUCUCUCACAGAGCGGUUGUCGUGCUUUGUCGUUUGUUUUGUCUCGAAAUCUUGAGCCAGUUUCAUGCAACCUCGGGCUUUGCAUACCGAAAACGACCCUUGUUGUGACCGCAUUCGGGUCCGGCUCGGUCUUUGCCACCCGAGACAUCCACUGGCACCCAUCUCGGUUCUGGCUCGGUGGCUGCCACCCGAGAAAGCGGCAACUCCCCCCCCCCACCCGCCGCCACAGGCAAUAA